AUGUUUGUUUCUGCCUAUAUUUACGUGAAUGAAUGGCACAUCAAACGGCUUCGAAACAGAAUCCUUGUCCUACUAUUUGUAUAUUUCACGAAGACCUCAUUUCACAAAGAUGCACCCGUUACCACUGACUGCGCAAUCGAUGUCUCUGUCAACGAUGGGUGUGGCUGCUGGCUAGGUGUUCACCCGCUGCGUAACCCGUCUGAUCUGUUAUCUAUCACGUUGAAUCUAUCUAUCUAUCUAUCUAUCUAUCUAUCUAUCUAUCUUCUUUUUAGGUCUUCUAUCUUUCUAUUUCAUCUAGUUACUAUCUUUCUAUCCCAGUCCUUUACCUAUCUAUCUAUCUAUCUAUCUAUCUAUCUAUCUAUCUAUCUAUCUAUCUAUCUAUCUAUGUCAAUAUCUUCCUAUCUAUCUAUCUAUCUAUCUAUCUAUCUAUCUAUCUAUCUAUCUAAUUUCUUCUUUUUAAGUCUUCUAUCUUUCUAUUUCAUCCAUUCAUAUCUAUCUAUCUAUCUAAUUUCAUCUUUUCAUACCUUCUAUCUAUCUAUCUAUCUAUCUAUCUAUCUAUCUAUCUAUCUCAGUCUGUUAUCUAUCUACUUACCUAUCACAGUCUGUUCAUAUCUAUCUAUCUAUCUAUCUAUCUAUCUAUCUAAUUCUUUCUUUUUAGAUCUUCUAUCUUUCUACUUCACUAUUGCUAUCUAUCUAUCUAUCUAUCUAUCUAUCUAUCUAUCUAUCUAUCUAUCUAUCUAA